AUGUCGGCUUGUAUGAAGCUAGGGGAAGUUGACUAUGCCUGUGAGGCGUUUGAUGAAAUACCUGACAGGAAUGUGGCAGUUUGGAAUGCCGUUAUUACUGGGUGUGCAGAUAAUGGGCAUGAAGAGAUUGCCUUUGCCAAGUUCAGGGAAAUGCAUGAGCUGGGUGUCAAGCAUGAUAAUUAUAGUUUCGCUUGUGUGCUGAGUUUGUGUUCUUUGGAGCUGCUUGAGUUUGGGAGUGAAUGUGUUGGUGAUGCUUACAAAGUCUUUGAUGAUGCUGAAGUGCGUGAUGAAAUCACCAUUAAUGCAAUGAUAGAUGGUCUUGUGGGAAUAAGUAGAGACGAGGAGGCUCUUUUGAUGUUCAGGGAAAUGCAAAGGUCUGGGCUUAGUCCUACUAAGCUCACCUUUGUAAGUCUCAUGAGUUCAUGUUCAUUCGAGAGAAAUGCUGCUCAACUACAUGUUCAAGCUAUCAAAAGAGGUCUUGAAUCUUGUACUGCAGUUAUUAAUGCUGCAAUUACCAUGUAUUCUCGCUGUGGCAUAUUGGAGGCAGCCAAGACGCCAAAUGCAUAUACUCUCAGUAUUGCUCUAGCCAUGUGCGCUACCCUCUGUUCCUUGGGACAUGCUAAACAGAUUCAUUGCUACAUCAUCAGAAAUGCAUCUCUCUCAGAGGCUUCUUUGAGUAAUGGACUGAUUACAGUUUAUUCAAAAUGCGGAGUUCUGGACUCUUGCUUGAGAGUGUUUAAUAAGAUGCCUGAGAGAGACACGGUAUCAUGGAAUGCCCUUAUCUCUGCUUUUGCUCAGCAUGGGAAAGGGAAGGAAGCAGUGAAUUGUUUUGAGGCCAUGCGAAAGGAGUCCAAGUGUAAACCAGAUCUAGCCACUUUUACAGCAUUAUUAUCUGCUUGCAGUCAUUCUGGUCUGGUUAAUGAUGGUGCUCAUAUUUGA